AUGAAGGUGCAACAGGAUGCGGUUAACGUGCUAGAGCGUACUUCAGCUUACUUGAAGUCUGGUAUUCUUAAGAAGACACCAGCUUGGUACAAUGUUGUAGCCAAAGUACCACCUACCAAGAAGUUUGCACGGAACCCGCAACUUACGGAUCCAAAGAAUGGGAAGUCGAGAACUGAUAUGCCUGAUUUCAGCAAUUGGAAGGCUAACAGUGCGGGUUUAUACAAGACAAGACCAAAUUCUGUGGAUAAAAAGAGUGGAGCCUCGAAACUUUACCAGUCUCCUAAGCUUGUAUAUAUAGAGGAUAAGUUGAGGAAAUUGUUCUACCAACAGCAUCCAUGGGAAUUUUCGAGACCUAAGGUUUUGGUUGAAAACAGCAUGGAAGUUCAAAAGUACGAUUGGUCACAUCUACAGCAGUUGGACAGACCAUUGGAUGGUGAAUCUGUGGUACAGAGGACACUUUACCUGCUAAAGACCGCAGAGAAGAAGGAACUAAUCGAUGCAUAUGACCAAGCUAGAUUCGAGUUUUACCGUUUGAGAAUGCAGGAAGAAGUGGAGACACAAGUUGCUCAAGAAGAAGCGGAAAUGUUUGGUUCGAUCUUCAGCGAGACCGCAAUCCAAUACGGUAUUUCUAGAGAACAAAAGGUUAUUGAUACUUGGAGAAGAAAGGCCACACAAGAGGCUGAAUUAAUGGCUGCUAGAUCUAGUAACCCAUCAGCUGCUUGGUCAGCUGAGACCGAAACAAGCAAGGACGAAGAACCAGAGGUCGAGGAAAUCCAACUCUGA